CUCAGCGUUCGGGGUCCGCCCUCGCGUUCUACGUCCGAGUUAGAAUCCUGAGCUGAAGGCCGGAAAGCCUAGGCUGCGGGGAGGGCUUCACCCUGAAAAUCUGGUGGCGCCUGUGGGUUCCGGGGCGUUGAGUGACCGAAAGGGAAAGCGUGUGGAGACUGAGGGGAAACGCAGAAUUGACUCUUUUACUGCUGAACCCUUUGUUUCAACAUGAAAGAGGAUCAAGUUGUACAGGAAGAACCAGGAUUCCAAGAUGACGAGGAAUCUUUGUUUCAAGACAUCGACCUAUUACAGAAACAUGGAAUUAACGUGGCCGACAUUAAGAAAUUGAAGUCAGUAGGCAUCUGUACCAUCAAAGGGAUACAAAUGACAACAAGAAGAGCCCUAUGCAAUGUCAAAGGGCUUUCAGAAGCUAAAGUGGACAAGAUUAAAGAGGCAGCCAACAAACUCAUUGAACCAGGUUUCUUGACUGCAUUUGAAUAUAGUGAAAAGAGGAAGAUGGUUUUCCAUAUCACCACUGGGAGCCAGGAAUUUGAUAAGUUGCUAGGAGGUGGAAUUGAAAGCAUGGCAAUCACAGAAGCUUUUGGAGAAUUUCGUACUGGAAAAACUCAACUCUCUCAUACCCUCUGUGUGACAGCUCAACUUCCAGGAGCAGGUGGCUACUCAGGAGGAAAGAUUAUCUUCAUUGAUACAGAAAAUACUUUCCGUCCAGAUCGCCUUCGGGACAUUGCUGAUCGUUUCAAUGUAGACCAUGAUGCAGUACUGGACAAUGUGCUCUAUGCACGUGCAUAUACCAGUGAACAUCAGAUGGAGCUACUUGAUUAUGUAGCAGCAAAGUUCCAUGAAGAAGCUGGCAUCUUCAAGCUCUUGAUCAUUGAUUCAAUAAUGGCACUUUUUCGAGUGGAUUUCAGUGGUCGUGGGGAAUUGGCUGAACGACAGCAAAAAUUGGCCCAGAUGUUGUCACGACUCCAAAAAAUAUCAGAAGAAUAUAAUGUGGCUGUUUUUGUGACCAAUCAAAUGACUGCUGAUCCAGGAGCAACUAUGACCUUUCAGGCAGACCCCAAAAAACCCAUUGGGGGACACAUUCUGGCUCAUGCUUCAACGACAAGAAUAAGCUUGCGCAAGGGAAGAGGAGAACUGAGAAUUGCCAAGAUUUAUGACAGCCCUGAGAUGCCUGAAAAUGAAGCCACCUUCGCAAUAACUGCUGGAGGAAUUGGGGAUGCCAAGGAGUAGGUGGUGAAUUGAUGCAAAUUGCUUCUCAGUGCUUAUUAGGAGCUGAAGAGAUGGAAAAGCAGUCUUGCAUUUCAGAUCUUGAAAUAAGAAUUUGUUUUUUUCAUGUUAUUAAAGGAAAGGCAGCAAAAGAGUUACAUUUUAUAUUUAUCUUAAAAGUCCCUGAUUAUAUAGCUAUACAUUGCAUGUCAGUUUAAGAAUAUACACAUAUAUUCCUAAAUUGUUUAUAGUAGGUGCGUGUGUGUGUGUGUUUAUCCCUAUCAGAAACUAGUUGGGGAAGGGACACCACAUAGCUUCACUUCUACUUUUCCAAGUGAGCCACUAAGCAAGCUGAAGGUCUGGGAGCUAAAAAAGUUCCCCUUCUCCUGCAGACUUCCCCUCUGACAUUUUCCUGGGGCACAGUACUGCUGCUCUUCCACAAUAGGGAGAUGGUUAAGCAGAUAAUGUUUAUAGACCAGAAAAACUUUUAAAAUUUACACUAUCAAACUACAUAUUCACCUUGAUAGCAACAGAAAAAAACAUUAAAUUAAGCCAAAUUUUAAAUCAUUUGACCUUUGGACAAGUUGAAAUUACUUUUAAAAAUGUAGGGGCUGGGGCCUUGGCUCAGUGGUAGAGCACUUGCCUAGUACAUGUGAGGCACUGGGUGCGAUCCUCAGCACCACAUAAAAUAAAUAAACAAAAUAAAGGUAUUGUGUCCAUCUAUAACUAAAAACUAUUUUUAAAAAAUGUAUUUCUGAUGCAUACAUAUUCUCAUGGGAAGAUAAAAAAAUCUAAAAAUUUACAAUAUUGGGUGAUAAAAGUAGCAUCAUUUUUAUA